UCGCGCACGGUACUUCGCUUCGUUUCAUUGGCGUUCGUCUCAAUAUAUACAUACACGCAUACAUUUGACAUUGUUAAAACGUGCUUUUUUACAUCCUCCCUGACAUGGUCGUCAAUGGCUGACGCUGACUGGCGCAAUAGAGAAACAAAAUAAAAGCACGUCGAGGACUGUUGUGUGAACUUGAUGCUGGAAAUGACUUAAAAGAACUCCAGUGAAGUGUUGAGAGUCUGUCAGAGUUUUUUUUUCCCUUUUGUUUCCUUAGCAAAUAUCUCUUGUGUGUUAUUGUUGUUAUUGUUGUUAAUCAUUGGCAGAUCGAGAGACACGGAAGACUUAGAAAGACCGGGACACUAGAGCAAGGGUGAAAACUCGUUUAUACUGCGGUUCUGCCACAGCAGAGGGAUCUUCUUCUAUGAUGGGUGUCUUUUGUAAUCCUAUAUCCGGAUCCAAGAUAUCGAUGUCGUCUAGCGGUGUCACCGUCCGGAGCGUAAUCGUCGUCUUGGCGUUACUAGUGGCGAGCUGCGUAGCAACUGGUGAUUUCUCCUCCCCUCGUUACAAGCAUAAGCGUCAUCAUUACAUAACGGCACACCGAUACCUGAGUCCGAGUACACCGGAUACGACUAACUUGCCGCAAAACAGCCAGGAUGCUGCUGCAGUUCCACCAACUCCCAUAAGCAUCGAGGAUGAUUAUUUUGGCCGAAACCCAUGCAUAGGCAAAUAUUGCGGUGCUGGACGCGAAUGUCAGGUGUCGGACGACGGCAGCCAGGGUGUGUGCGUUUGUGCACGUCGCUGCGCUCGUCGUCAUCGUCCCGUUUGCGGGAGUGAUGGCAAGGUAUACGCAAAUCACUGCGAACUUCAUCGUGCCGCCUGUAACUUAGGCAGCCCGCUCACCGCUAGUCGGCUCAUGAGAUGUCUUCAUCGAGAUGAGAAUCAGAAAACACCGAAAGUCCUGCCACUUGGUAGCACAACGCCACAGCGAACCGAUCACGACAUCAGCAUUCACGACAGUAAGGAAAAUCUCGUAGAGGAGAAUUACACUUCGGAAGAUUGCUCCGCGCAGGAGUACGAAAUCAUGAAGGAUAAUUUAUUGCUGUAUAAUCACGCACGUCUCAUGGCUCAAGACAACCACAGCAAAGAGUAUUUGGUUAGUAUAAUGUUCUCACAUUAUGAUCAGAACGGCAAUGGCGAUCUUGAGAAAGAAGAAUUGGAACAAGUUGCCGAACACGAAGAACUUGAACAACUUAGCAAAGGAUGCAGUCUUGGGCACUUGAUUGGUUACGACGAUGCUGACCACGAUGGCAAACUCAACAUCAAUGAAUUCUACAUGGCGUUCAGCAAACUAUAUAGUGUGUCGGUAGUAUCGCUGGACAAGAACUUGGAGAUCAAUCACAUACCAGCACGCGUGGGCGACAACGUGGAGAUAAAGUGCGACGUGACUGGCACCCCGCCGCCACCGUUAGUCUGGCGACGUUAUAACGCCGACUUGGAGUCACUAUCUGAACCUGAGAUACGAAUUUUCAACGAUGGUAGCCUCUAUCUAACGAGAGUACAGCUCGCACAUGCUGGUAAUUACACUUGCCAUGCACUUAGCAACAAGGACGUCGUUCAAACUCAUGUUCUCACCGUACACACGACCCCCGAAGUACGCGUAACACCGCGUCUACAAUCCAAACGCCCAGGGGAAGAAACGACAAUGCGCUGCCACGUUGUAGGCGAGCCAUUGCCACGAGUGGAGUGGUUGAAGAACGACGAGGCAUUGCGCGAAGCUGCGGAGAAGUACGAGGUUGUUGGCAAUGGCACGAGGUUGGCAGUGAGAGGUAUCAAUUACGCCGACACUGGGGCGUACAUGUGUCAAGCUACGAGCGUUGGCGGUGUCACUAGGGAUAUUAGUAGCCUUGUCGUUCAGGAGCAACCGACGCCGACUGCACCGAGCGAAGAGCGUCGAUUCUUCUCUUUUCACGAGUGGGGCAUAUCAGUGUACGAGCCGUCAGCUUGCCGACUGUAUCAUCAAAUUAAGUCCACGGACAUUAUACCCGGCACUCAGGAAUACGUGUGCGCUGAGAAAGGAGUGGCUUGUACGUGGGGUCGCGCGAUAAACGUGGCCAAUCGCUACGUCUACGUCUCGCAGCCCGAGAAGGAUCGCAUUCUCAUCAUCAGCAAAGUCCAGAUGGUCGUGGUUGACGUGGUAACGACCGACAAAUACCCGGUGGAAUUACAAUACGUGCCAGCGUUGGAUCAAGUAUGGCUACUGAACUGGCGUAGUGAGAGCGACAUGGGGGUCAAAACGAUACAAGUGAUCCGCGACGCGGCGCAAAAGAAGAAGCACAGAACCGUCCAUCCGGAGCCGAUUGACGGCCAAUUCGAUCUUGUACGCGGGCUCUACAUCCCGGAGCGUCAGGACAUCGGCCACGCGUUCAAAUAUGGCUACGUGACGCAUACGAAUCAGCGCGGCAUGUACAAGCUUGACCUGGCGAACAUGAGGUACACAAGGAGCGCCGACCUCGCACCUUACAACUGCGUACCAGCGCACAUUGUCUAUCCGGCUCUUUACGGUUUCGUGAUAUUACAAUGUGAGGAGCCAAUAACAGGUAAACCGACGGGCCAAUUGCUGUUAGACUACGUGACAGAUACGGUGCUGUCUCAUAAGCCCGAGCUUCUCGGCAAGCCAUCAGUAUCGCCUGACUCACGACAUCUCGUCACCCUCGACCGCCGUCAGAACGGCGUCGUUCUCAUCGUCGAAGAAAUACUACCUACUGGCUUGAAUUUCAUUUUCGAUGUGAAAACGACAUUGAAUGUUAGCGAUAUUACCUUCUAUCCAUCCCAAACUACACACGGCUACGAUCUUUACGCGUCAUCUAUGGACAAUAAAGAGGAUAUACUUUUCCUCAAUUUAUCAUCAGGCAAAGUGGAGAUGAUAACAGGAGUAGGUAAAGCGAUGCCAUUGAGCGUAGCUAAGUGGGGCAAGCCAAAUAGGCCGAUCGUUCAAAGUGGCGUAUUCGGACGGUACAUGGUGAGCCCAUCGAGCGAAGCGCUGUUCGUACUCAAUGGCGAGACCCGGACAGUCAACUGUGAAAUCGGUGGACUUGUACAUCCUAGUAUGAUCGUGUGGUUCAGCGUUUCUACGCAUUAAAUGUAUUGAUUGGUCAAUCAACGAUGAUGCUUCUCUGAAAGUUUAACAUUUUCAAUGCUUCCUUUUCCUUUUCUCGAUAUUGGUUUCUUGACAAUAUCAUUGAUUUUCCAUCAUCGAUCAAAUAAACGGCACUCCGUUGAUUCUGAAUAAUGUAUAAAAAAGGAUAAGUGUUUUUAAAAUGAAACAUUUUUAGACUUUCAGAGUUGUGCUUGUCGUUAUUGAAAAGCCGCCCAAUCGCUUAAGUGUAACCGAUACUCCACCCAAACAAUUUAAAGUUCAAAGAUGAAAAUUAUCGUAGGUUAGAAGAAUGAUUUAUAUACGCCUUUAUAGACAUACAUACUAUAAUUAGUAGUGUUUAAAUUUUUUUUUCACGAUUAAUUACAGUUUACACACAGACACGCCGCACGCACGCACGCACACACUCACACACACGCACACACACACACACACACACACACGCGCGCGCGCGCACUAACGAAUACAUUUUUCUUUCGUUGUAUGCCAAUAACCAUUUACAAUGUUGAUCAGUGUAAGAAUUAUUUUUAAACCUAUACGUCGAAAUGUGAAUAUCCCAAGUAUUUAUACAAAAUAUAAUUAACUCGUAAUAUUAAUUCCGGAUUAAGUUGAUGACCAUGGGUAUCACGAAACAACCUGACCAAAGACAUUUAUAUUGUAUAAGAGUAAUUAAAUUGUUAAGAACACAAUUACAAUUUUUGAUAUAUUUCAUUGAAAAACAGAUUAAUCAUAAGGAAAUAUUUAUCAUUUUUGUCUGUAUAAAAACAAAUGCUUCUGCGCUUCUAUGUUUGUGCGAAGAAACACAUGGACGUAUCGACAACAAAUAUAAUAAAUAUAAACAAAAUUAGAAAAAACAAAAGAAAAUUUGCACACCUAAAUUCACAUGACUUCAAGAUAUCAUUUUUCAUAAAGAAUACUCGAUAAAAUCCAUCAUACACAAUAAUUAGUGAUAACGUAGUAUUAUUACGAGUACAUUUAUAGAUCUAUGAAAAUGUUAAGUAAAAGCAUUUUUAUGAAAAAUUGCCUGUUUAAAAUAUGACGAAAAACAAUGUAAUUUUAAACAUUAUAGAUUUUACUUCGUCUCUCUCUAUUUUUCACCCUCUGACUCUCUCGCUUUCACUCUUUCCAAAAUUGUUCAAAACAAAUGUAGUUAUAUUUUUAAGAUUGGUUGUAAAGAAGAAAGUUGAACAUAAUAAACAAAUUAUUUAUAAUACGUGCUACUGCAUGUUUCCUUGCAAAUAGACAUAGACAUACGUAAGUUUUGUAUUCGCUUUUAGAAAAAAAAAUUUAUUAAAGCAUUGUUAAUAAUAUGGCGAAAGAAAAAAGUAUAACGAGAGAGAUGGAGAAGAAUGAAGGCAAGGGCAUUACAUACCAACAUACUUCAAGUGAUUUUUCUCACUCUUAAAACUAAAGAUUGUUUAAAAUUUUUCGAAAUUGCCUAAAAAGAUUUUCUUUGCUAGAAUGAAUAUUUUUGAAUAAAGUUUACUGUACAAUAAACUAAAAUAAAAAUAAAUGUUGGUAUGUCAUACCCUAAUUCUCAACAAAAAACCGCAUUGAAGUCAAAGUCUCUGAAUCUCGCAGAUCAAGUCGCAAGAGACGAUAGCAUAAAAAAAGAAUGUCUUAGUAUAAGCACCGAUAAUGAUUUGAUAAUACAAAGCGAAGAGAGAUUAAAAAAAAAACUUAAAAACCAGCUAGCAUUAGCAGAGUGUACAGAAGCGAAGAGUUAUUUUGUUAACGUUACAGUCCAUAUCGGGAUAUGUAAUAAUCGAUUACUUGUAAAAUUUUUUAAAGAGGACAAAAUAAUAACAAAAAUAAUAAAAAAAAAACAAGGCUGAACAAGUGGAGUCUCGCUCGAAUAAUAAUAAUAAUCGAGAGUACGAAUCCUAUUAUUAGAGAUUUUCCAUCGGUUUAUAAAACUAGCGAAGGAAUUUCAUUCACGACCUUUGAAUUUUUUAUUUUAAAGAUUUAAGUAGACAAAAAAAGUGUUCAAAUAGAGCGACAUGAUUGGUUUCGUCUCUAUAGGAAAGAAGACUUCGCUGAUUUAGAUAAAAUAAAUCACAUUGCUGUCAUGAUUGAUAUUGUAUAACUAUAGCUUGAGACAGAUAUUAAAGUUAUAUAUUUAUAAAAGAAAGUCUUAUACGCAUAAUUGUAAACCACGUAGAAAUACGAUGAAUUCACGAAAAGUUUGCUUAACAAAGGAGAAAUUACAAUCUACAUCAGUGGGAUUUGUAGCUUUGUCUGUGAAAAAAUUGAAAUUUAUCUAGUCACGUUUUAUUGAUUUUGUUACUUCUCAUGGUCCUCUAAGUCAGUGUUUGAGAAUGAAAGGAUCACUUGUGCGAAGAACAAUAAGUUUUUAUCAGUAUUUGUGUAUUCCUUAUUCAUUUGUGUAAGUUGUUACUCUAAUAUUAUAGUACCACCAAAAUGUAAAUAAAUACUCAUA